UGUUGCUUUAUAAAUCCAUGGUUGGGGCUCACCUUUUGCUUGUAAGAAGUGGCCAUACGAGAGGGGGUGAGAAGAGGUGUUGAUCGAUCAAAUUUGGGAAGAACAUGAACCCGAGUUCGAGAAUGGGACUUCAUAAAGAGAGGCAUUUGUUCCUGCAAGGUGGCCAUGGAGAUCCCGGCCUUGUAAUUUCAACUGAUGCCAAGCCAAGAUUGAAAUGGACGCCUGAUCUUCACGAGCGAUUCAUUGAAGCCGUCAACCAGCUCGGCGGAGCCGACAAGGCCACACCUAAAACGGUGAUGAAACUAAUGGGAAUUCCAGGCCUUACCUUAUACCAUCUCAAAAGUCAUCUUCAGAAAUACAGGCUUAGUAAAAAUCUCAACGGACAAACUAAUAAUGGCUGUACCAAAAUUUCAAUGAAUAUUGGUGCGGUUGCAAUGGCAGGCGAAAGAAUAUCUGAAGUAAACAACACCCCAAUGAAUAAUUUAAGUAUUGGACCUCAAACAAAUAAGGGAAUACAAACUGGCGAAGCGCUGCAUAUUCAAAUUGAAGUGCAUAGAAGGCUGCAUGAGCAUAUCGAGGUUCAGCGGCUUUUACAGCUUGGUAUCGAGGCGCAAGGGAAGUACCUACAGUCGGUGCUGGAGAAAGCUCAAGAGACUCUCCAUAGACAGAAUUUGGGCACCAUGGGGCUCGAAACGGCCAAAGUUCAGCUAUCGGAACUGGUGUCGAAAGUGUCUAACCAUCGUCUGAACUCGGCGUUUUCGGAUUUGAAAGAAUUGCAAGGUUUAUACAGUCAACCGAACCCCGCCAAUGAUUGUUCAAUGGAUAGUUGCUUGGCAUCUUGUGAAGGGUCUUUAAAAGAUCAAGAGAUACACAACAAUGGAAUGUGUUCAAGAAGCUACGGUACUCACAAAGAUCCAUUGAUGCAGCAAACCGAGCCGAAAGCGUCCGAAAACAAAAUGAUGGGCUACGACUUGUUUACGGACAGGAGCUGCGGUGAUUUAUCGAUGAGCGUGGGAUUACGAGGAAGCUUUUCCGAAGGAAAAUUCGAAGAGCAUAGUUUCACAGAUGAAGGAAACAAAAGGGUGGAUUCAGUUAAUAGAUUGCCUUACUUUGCAACGAAGCAGGAUUUAAAUGUUGACGAACAACAUAAUGUUGGAUCUUCAAGUUGCAGAAUGUUUGAUCUCAAUGGUUUUAGUUGGAGCUGAAGAUUGAGGUUCUUCGUCUUCAAGAUUUCAGAAUAACCCUAAACUCUAGGCCCUAAACCCUAAACAAAUAAAAUCUCAUUCGAUUCAACAUUGGAUGUCGGAGAAGAAAGUUCCUGUCUUUUUAUGAUUGCUUCUUACAAAAAUAUUAGAUAUUUGGAGCAGUAUCAUGUGUGGAGGAAACAUAGGUUCAAUUUUAUGUGUUCAAAGACUUGUUUCAUUUG